AUGGGACUUGAUAUCAAGUUUGCUCUGUAUAAUGUUGCUCUGAGUAAUUGCCAGGUCGGCAAUUUGUGUGUAUUUCACAAUGGAGUCUGCAUUGGUCAAGACGGGUUUGGAUUUUAUGUAGAUGGUAGUGGUAAUGUGAUAAAGAAGCCUCAGAUGUUGAAUGUCAUAAUAGGGGCACAUGUGGAAAUUGGUGCAAAUACAUGCAUUGAUCGGGGCAGUUGGAGAGAUACAACCAUUGGGGAUCAUACAAAGUUGGAUAAUUUGGUACAGAUUGGUCAUAAUGUAGUUAUUGGGAAGAAUUGUAUGAUUUGUGGGCAAGUAGGUAUUGCAGGUUCAGCAACCAUAGGUGAUUAUGUGACUAUGGGGGGAAGAGUAGCUGUGCGAGAUCAUGUUUCCAUUGUAUCAAAGGUUCGGCUUGCAGCUACUAGUUGUGUCACCAAGGACAUCCAAGAGCCUGGGGAUUAUGGUGGUUUCCCUGCUGUUUCCAUUCACAAAUGGAGGAGACAAAUCGUUAGCAGCUGUAGGGCUUCAGGGAAACGGAGUCCUUAAAGUCGGUUAGAUUUAUCACGGUAGGCAGUGUGCAGUCGUAGGUUAAAUUCAAGCAUCUGUGUCAUGUGCCAACUUGAGUGCCAUAAUUUUUUUUUUUAAAUCAUCUAGCAGCACAAAAAUAUUUAAGAAAAAAAAUCUAAAAUUGGUGAAUCUCUCCGUUCUGUGCAAUUGAUGUUGGUUUUCAUUCUGUA